AUGGGCAGCGACCACGCUUGCUUGGUGACGUGGAAGUCCAGCUUCUUCCCGCUCUAUCAGCUGCAUUCGGAGAUACUGGAAAAGUUGGAGCAAGCCAUCGUGUUUCGCAAAGGGAGCCCCAUCUGCAUGGAGGAGUUCAGGGAUCUGCGAGUGUUCAUUCAUGUGAACAGCGACGAUUAUCUGGAAAGACAUUACACAGAGGAAACUGCAGACUGGUGCAAUCACGUAACUCGCACUUCCUCAGUGCAGCAGUGGAUCGAGCAUCGGCCUUGGGUUCAGCUGGUGCAAGGGCCCACGAAGAACCUGAUAUGUGCCAUCAACGAGUACAAGUGGAAGCAUUAUCAGUUGCGGUGUGUGGUGUAUGACAUUCAACGUGACGAGCUCGAUCGCGUGCCUGACCUGGUUGAGUGGUCCCAGGACAUCGAGCAGAUCACUGCAGUAAAGCGUGAAUCUGAUGCAGAAGGAGAGGACGCUGACACGCAGGUUGAGGAUCCGGAGUUUCUAUUGGUCGACACCGCCGACCAGGUCCCUGGCACCGAGUUUCCAAACAUGUCGUCUGAACACGAGAGCACGGUGAUUUUCGGCAGUCGGGCUGACCUUCGCGCAGAGCGGAAACGCAAGCGUGAUGAGUCGGGGGACUGGGACGAGCUUAGCCACCCAGACUUGCGGAGCUUUCUGCAGCAGAAGGAGCGGCUUGGAAACAUUUUGAUGAAGUAUUACCCCACGCUCCUCCAUUUACCUGCGGAUGCCAUGCCUGAGACACCGCCUGUUGGCAACCAGUCCUACACGGUCAAGCCUGCAGGAUGCUGCAAGAUUAUGGUUAAGCUGGACAACUCAAGCUUUGUGGUGAAAGGCCUUGGACAAUCACAGAAGUUUGGCUUCGGGAUGAAGUUCUACGUGGGGAGUGCCGACGAUUUGCCACUGAGUGAGCGAGUUUUGCCAGGGCUUGUCGCAGUGGCUUGGGCAGAGGCCCAGGUCCUGGCAAGGAAGUGGCAGCAGAAGAAAGAUUCCGAGCAACCUGAUGUCUCGCCCAGCUGCGAUGCAACAACUGAGCCAUCCCCCAAGGAUGCCUCUUCCGGAAGCGAAACAACACUGGCUUGGGAGCAGUUCAGCCCUGAUCGACUUUGA